AUGAAACAAAAUAUUAAAUCCCCUGCACCAUUUGCUAUCACUGAAGAAAAACACACUAUUGAAACUAUGUUAAAUCUUGUUAAACAUCAGACAUAAUAACUGAAAGAUUAGCAGCUUCAAUAGAGCAACGAAAUUAAGUUAUUAAGUAAAGCUUUCAGGGAUUAAAAUCAAUCAAUUUUGUAAAGCCAAAAUCAAGAAUAUUUUACUCUAACAUAAAAGUUAAUUGAAGAGAUUGAAUCUGAUAAUUAUUUUCAAGUUAAGCUGAAUUAAAUUUAAGCUUACAAUAAAUAACUUUAUAAUCUUAUUAAAGAUGUCUAAAAAGAAAUACCAUCUUAAUAUUAACAACUUUCUACUAUCAAUAGGAUAAUCAAUUUCUAUAAAUGCAUUUUCAAAAUAUCAAUCAAAUAAUUGAAUAAAGAAGAAGUGGCCAUUAUUUUUCAUUAAACCCUUGGAAAUACAGAUUAUGGGCAUCCAAUAAUAAUUAAAUUGAAGGAUAACAAAUAACAAUAAAGGGAAUAAUUUUGGAAUCAAUUUACAUCUUUAAUGUGA